GAGCUGAGGAGCUCUGGGGAAUCUCAAAGUUUGUGUCUGGAGCAGUGGUGGAAAGUGAGCUUAGUGAGAAGGGCUUUUCUUGGGAUGAGUACUGAUCUCCUGCCUUUAUUUUGGAUACACACCCUGCUGUAUUCUCCUCAGCCUUCGGUCUGAUCUCUAGACAGUCUGUCUCCUCUGGGGAUUCUCAAAUCUCCGAGGACGCUGGACCGGAGCCCUUGGCAAUUCUCUCUCAGGCAGAGGAGCGAACGUUUUCCUUCCUAAGUGCAUAAGCUACACGCAUACGCACACACACGCACACACACUCACGCAGAGGCGGAUCUCGCCGUCCGAGGCCGCCCUACCCGCUCCCCUCCUGCCCUCAGCAUCCUCGGCCCAGCGCGCCUCGGACCACCAUGGAGGUGCUGGAGAGCGGGGAGCAGAGCGUCCUGCAGUGGGACCGCAAGCUGAGCGAGCUGUCAGAGCCCGGGGAAACCGAGGCUCUCAUGUAUCACACGCACUUCUCGGAGCUGCUGGAUGAGUUUUCCCAGAACGUCUUGGGCCAGCUCCUGAACGACCCUUUCCUCUCAGAGAAGAGUGUGUCGAUGGAGGUAGAGCCGUCCCCAACGUCCCCGGCGCCUCUCAUUCAGGCCGAGCACAGCUACUCCCUGUGUGAGGAGCCUCGGGCCCAGUCACCGUUCGCCCACGUCACCGCCAGUGACAGCUUCAAUGAUGAUGAAGUGGAGAGUGAGAAAUGGUACCUGUCUACAGACUUUCCAUCAACAACCAUCAAGACAGAGCCAAUCACGGACGAGCCGCCCUCAGGACUAGUUCCGUCUGUCACUCUGACCAUCACUGCCAUCUCCACCCCUUUUGAGAAGGAGGAACCCCCUCUGGAAAUGAAUGCUGGGGUUGAUUCCUCGUGCCAGACAGUUAUUCCUAAGAUUAAGCUGGAACCUCAUGAAGUGGAUCAGUUCCUCAACUUCUCUCCUAAGGAAGCCUCCGUGGACCACCUGCACUUACCGCCCACCCCUCCCAGCAGCCACAGCAGCGACUCAGAGGGCAGCCUGAGCCCCAGCCCGCGCCUGCACCCCUCUGGCCUGCCGCAGACCCACAGCCCCGCCAGGGCCCCGGCGCGGGCCCCCUCGGCACUUGCCAGCUCCCCACUCCUCACCGCACCGCACAAGCUGCAGGGAUCAGGCCCCCUGGUCCUGACGGAGGAGGAGAAGAGGACCCUGAUCGCCGAGGGCUAUCCCAUCCCCACCAAGUUGCCCCUGACAAAAUCAGAGGAGAAGGCCCUGAAGAAAAUCCGGAGGAAAAUCAAGAAUAAGAUUUCUGCCCAGGAAAGUAGGAGGAAGAAGAAGGAAUACAUGGACAGCUUGGAGAAAAAGGUGGAGUCUUGUUCAACGGAGAACUUGGAGCUUCGGAAGAAGGUGGAGGUUCUGGAGAACACCAACAGAACUCUCCUGCAGCAGCUGCAGAAGCUUCAGACUUUGGUGAUGGGCAAGGUUUCUCGCACCUGCAAGCUGGCUGGCACGCAGACUGGCACCUGCCUCAUGGUUGUUGUGUUAUGCUUUGCCGUUGCAUUCGGCACCUUCUUUCAGGGCUAUGGGCCCUAUCCUUCCGCCACCAAGACGGCCCUGCCCAACCAGCAUUCCAUGCAGGAGCCCUACACAGCCUCCGUUGUGAGAUCCAGGAACCUGCUGAUCUAUGAGGAACAUUCUCCCCUGGAGGAGCCGUCCAGUUCGGCCUCGGCUGGGGAGCUCGGGCGCUGGGACGGAGGUUCCUCCCUGCUCAGGGCAUCAGGGCUGGAGUCUAGGCCUGACGUGGAUCUUCCCCAUUUCAUUAUAUCAAAUGAGACCAGCCUGGAGAAGUCAGUGCUGUUGGAGCUGCAGCAGCACUUGGUCAGCACCAAACUGGAGGGGAAUGAAACACUAAAAGUUGUAGAACUCGACAGAAGAGUGAACGCCACCUUUUAAAGAGACCGUCGCCACCUCCCUCUAUCUCCUCACUCUACCUUUAUGUCUCCAAACCGCCUUUGUCAUAAGCUUUUCCUUUUUGCCACCCGAUCUUGACCGAAGACCUGGAUGUGCAGUCAUGGCUUUGGAUGCGAGGACAGCCUGGGAUUUCCACCCACGGUGAGAGAGCGCCUCCCCCGGUCCCACGUCCCUCCCCGCCUCUCUCCCUCCCUGUUGCUUACUGCCAUAGGAAAUUAUCUUAGGGUCAGGGCUGGGACGAGCAGGCUUGUUUCUACCGACAGUGCCAAAAAGAUACUGCCUGCUUCUCACCGGGGUGGGUGUGACCACCUCUUUGAAGAAGAGCUGACUCUUGUUCAUUCGAGACCCCCAGCUCGAGCCACAGAAAUACCAGGAUGCCUGUUGGAAUCUGGCAAAGCACUGACUGACGUCCUGCCUUGCUCAGCCUGGGUCUCUCCUGCCGCUCUGCGCUGCUGAGCCCCCACUGACUUGUCCUCCGGCACUGGAGCUGGAGCGAGGCGUCCCCUUCGUACUCUCAGGCCGCAAGUGCAAUGCCUGAAGGAAUCAGGCUUUUCUACUCCAGGCAAACCUGCCCCAUCAUGUUGCUUGUAGGAUUUCUCCACAAUCUGUGUCCCCACACGCCCCUAGUUCUGCCUCCUUGGCUUCUCCUCCCCAUUUGUAAAUAGUAUUUAUUAGCUUGCUGAGGCUUCCCUGGGCAACCACACUGAAGACAUCCGGACGCCUCCCUCCAAGCUAGCAAAGUCUUCUGUUGGCCUUUGGAGCGAGGAGGGCACCCUAGGCUCUGGGAUCCCCAAUCCUUCCAGGCCAUGUUUUGCUUUCUGUUCUUUUUUGCUGGAGCCCUAUAAUUAUAGUUGGGAAAUCUCCCUAAGCGUGUGUCCUCCUGUAGAAUGAACUCAGAGGGAAAGUUGGAGCAGUGCCUUGCUCAUGUCUGGGGCUCUGUGGAUAGAUGCUUUUUCUGUCCCAUACCCAUAACAGGGAAGGGAAGCCCUGUCCCUGACAGCAGGCAUUUCAGACAACCCUGCUAGCUUGUCUCUCUCCACCUCCCCUGACACUUCUGCUUUCCCCCUCCUCUUCUGCUUCAACACAGGAGGUGAGCCUGAGGCCUGUUCCUGGGGUCAGAGUAGGUGACAUUUGUGUAUCCAGUCUUACCUUUUAUAGUCAGGUUUGGCUACUUUGCAGCUCACCCAAAGAGACACGACCUAAUCCCCCAACCUACUCUUAUUUUUUUUAAUGAUUAAAAGUAACUUUUGUAGUUUUAAAAAAACUUUCCUCUUUCCUACAAAUAGGAAAUGGAAAUUGACUUUUUACUGUAUAAUGUAGAAGACUCCCCUUAAAUGUUUUCCCCUAGCUUGUAAAAGAUUUCGUGUAAGAAAUUUGCUCACGUUUUGUAUUUUAUUUUUAGUAGUAGCUGAAGCACCCUCAGCUUUAACUCUCUCUCUGUCUCCGUUUCUGUCUCUCAUCUACAUUGUCAUUGGAACCUGUACUUAGGAGAGAUUAAGCCACACCUGGGCCUUCUGUUCCAUAGCAGACACAGGAUUUGGUGUCAUUAGCAUUUGCCGUCAGACCUCAUAAGCAGAUCUGGUACCUUCGGGGCUCACCGUCAGUGAUUCCUCUCUCCCUACUGUGAUGGAGAGAGUUCUGGCUGGGAGGCGGCCAAAUUCAUCUUCUUAGCCCUGAUGUAGAGCUGGAUCAGGACUGCAGUGGUCCUGGCAGCCCUCUCGGUCCUCUGCAUGCCCCUUGCUGUCCUUUCCGUUGGCCAGGGAGGGCUGAGACCGGCUGGGCUGUGCAGGAGGAAGGAUGCUAGCAUGCGCCCCGCUUCUGUUUCCCUCUACCUUCUCCUCUCCUUCUCUUCUGCUCUAGACCCUCUUGGGCCUGGCUGGUGUCUGCUAACCAUGGGCCACGACUGACCCAUCCCUCUCUUUAAACUGUCAUGUAAUUAUCAGACACGGGCAGCCUGUGUGUGGGGGGAGGGAGAGGGCGGCUAAGAAGGUAAGAAUAUAGAAUUAACUCAAGGAGUAUUUGGACGAUGAGAAAGGCAAGCUUUUGUAUGUCAGUGAGAAUGGGUCAUCUUCCCCACCUGACGCACUGGAACCAGAUCGGAUUUUUAAGUCUCCUGGAUUAGUCUGAGUAGAAAACCAGCUCUUCUGAAUAAGGAGGGAGAAGGAAGAGGGCAGCAAACUCCUAGCGCCUGUCUUUAGUGCCUUGAGGAUUUUAUUUCCUCCCUGACCUACCCUUGCUUGACAUCACCGUCUCCAGCCCUCCAUACGGCAGGGCUUGAUCUCUGGGAAACCGUUCUUCCCACAACUGAAUCUGUGUCUAGAGACCAGGGACAUCAGCCUGAGAGCUCAAAUGGCCAUCUUAAAGGGAUCCAAGGACCAAUUGCUGCUAUUAUGAGAAAGACCUCUGCCCUCCACUCCUUGCUUGGGCGAGUAAGGGGAACUAAACAGUUAUCCCUUUAGGAGGAUGUAAUGGAGUCAAGAGGAUGCAGAAGAGUUGGAUAAUACCAGAUUGGUUCCAAAUAGUUAAUGGGCGUGUGCACCUUUUCUUUUCCAGGGUUAAUCCCACAAUGUCAAUGGAUUUGUUUCCCUCCCCCAGAGCCAUCCCGUAGAUGAGUCAGUAAUACCUGGUUAGCCCUGAAGAUGUCAAAUAGUGGCAGCCUUUUGGCUUCUGAACCUCAGUUUUGGAAAAUAAGAGACUGUUAGCACAACCCAUCAAUCGUAAAGAAUCAAUGUUAAUGAUAAACAUAUUAAUAUAUUUUUCAUUAUGUCAACAGCUUUUCCUCUUUCCUUUCUUUGAUUAGCUUAGUGGAGGAGAUGUCUUGCAAAAGUUCAGAGAACACGUACUUUUUUACUGGAUGAGACCUGAGUAACCCAGACCCCCCAGUGAAGUUCUAUUCACAGUUCUUGACUUUGCACUUAGAAAUGGAUACUGUAAAUGAAAGGCCUCAGUGCCAGGUUUAAGAAAGGAUUUCUGUGAAGUGUUAGGACUCUGGAGCCUAGCUCACAUAAAGGGAGUGUUAUAUAAGAAUCUGACAGCUGAACUAGGUUGCUCCUUUUGGGCAGGAGGUGGGGAUGAGGUUUGACACCAGUACAGGCAAAAUUAGAUAACCUUUUUAUGAAUAUAAAUGAUUUUGAUUUAAAGACCUAAUUUGUAGAUUGUGAAAGCAGCUUUCAGCUCAACUUAUUUACAAACCAACUAUAAAUACCAUGUUUUUUUCUUCCUAAAUCUCUCGGUUUAGCCUGAAUGCCGAGAGAGGGCUGUGUGCCCUUGGAGCAGGAGUCUUGAAUUGGUUCACCUUUAUUCUGGCAGUGAGUCAGUGUCCAGAAUUUUUGACAGAGGUGUUUUAUUAAAAUGUUUUUAGCACUU